UGAUUGGCUUACUCGCUAUCAUCAAUCAAACUGCCAAUCAGAUAUCUCCGGCCUUCCAUUCAUAACGCUCGCUACAUACACCUUCGAGUAGUAAAAACAUAGCACUUUAAAAACAGGCAACGGAAAUUGCCAAAUAUUACCAUAUCUUCUCUCGCAACUAUACUGCAAACUCUGUUAGCCGCUUAAAAAAAAAACCCGAAGACAUCUUUCUCAAACUGGAAGGCAUUGUGGCGCAAGAUAUGGCUUCUCAGCCAUCAAGGCCAAGAAGAAAUAAUUCACCUUCAUCAAGCUCUAGACCUCAGCCACUCCGAGCAACACAUCCGUUCUCUUUGCUUCGAAACCCAAGUCCUACUAGAGGAAAUCCUAUUCGGAGGCCUAGUCCAUCUUCCUCGCCAGUUCAUGGCAAUGAAACUGGUCUUAAACCCAAAAGAACUUCGCCAGAAACACGUGGAUCUCCUGAGCAUCGACGGAGCCCAACUUCCCCUUCUCCCAAUGUCGCAAAAUGUAAAGUGGAAAGACCUAAGCCACUAAAGGCUGGCUCAACAUCGAGUUUUACUCAGUUACGGCGAACUUCAUCUCUGGACGCCAUUUCUGGGACGUACUUGAGCGGGCAAUGGCCUCGAGCAAACGAAACUUCUAGCUACGGACCCUUGGUUUGCCACAAAAGUACUCAGACGCCAACAUGGGAUGAAAGUGAAAUAGAUGAACCAUCAUACCGUCCCAAAAGGUCAAACUCUUGGAGUAGUGCAGACCAUAUGCGUGAGAAAUUGCGCCAGCAGCGUAUUAAACAAGGAAGCAACAGAUCUCCAUCUUAUGGAAGGCAGUCACCGCUACAUGGCGAUCACGCUAUCCAAAAGGCGACCCAGUCUGUUGCUAUUCCAAUCCCCAAGAUAACCAGGUCGAGUGAGGGGCAUCAGCGAAGGAGUCUUGAAGAGCUUAACACAGAGAUUCAGAAGCUUGUGUUGAGGCCAGGGGAUGACCCUGCUGAGGUCAAGCUCAUUGAACCAGUGGAUGGGAGAAAGGCACCUAUUCCUGAUAUCCUCUCCAUUGGCAGCCCCUUCCCUACAGUUGACAUGCACACACAAACCCAAGCUGAAAACCAAGACAGCCAAGAGAGCAGCAGAAGCCACUCUGCCUCACCUUGCUACCCAAUCAUGGCUGGCACGACAGACUCCAAGCCUCCAUCGCGGUGCUCUUCAGGGGAGGGGCCUACAAUGACUGACAGUGCCCCAACUGAUGGGUCCAAUGGCAUUGAGAAUGCUAGUGCUGAUGAAAGUACCAUUGACCCACCUUCUAGUCAAAAGUAUGCCUCAUCACCAAAGCCCAACAAAUCAUACACGUUUGCCAGAGAGCCCCCAGAUGGAGCUGAAAAGGUCCCUUUAUAUGUUGAGGACAAUGAAAGCUUUGAAAAGCCUAGCUUCACUGGACCAGACAAGACUAAAGUGAAGAUCAUCUUCAGCAAUGGUUCUGCCUUCAGUGCAUUGCCAUCUAUCCCAAAGAUGGCUAUAACACCUUCUGCCGCACACUUGCAGACGAUCCCCACUAUGGAACCCAGUCAAUAGAUUAUGAUGGUAGAUUUCCCUUAAAAAAACAUGGCUUUCAAAUGUACAGCAUAACAGAGUAUUCUAAGGCAUCAUUGGCAGUCCACACCAAACCUAUGUGAGAGUGGCUUACUUCUCUUAUUCUAGGUCUUUCUGUUGCUCUGCAGUUUUAUCAUCGAAGACAGAGACGCCUACAAGUAUGUCUCCAUGACACCAUUUGAGAGGCUAUGGACUGUUUAUUUUAAUAGUUGUUGCUAAGUUUUAAGCAUUUAUCUCUUGUGGGUUGAAUUAUAUUUUAGGUUUGGCUGUAUAAGUUAAAAACAGCACCUGCUUUAUACUUAUAUCUACUUCGUUGGGAUGUUCUAUUGAGCAGGCCUUUAUUAAUGCUGAAGAUGUGAGGUCGACUUUUCUUCAUAUGGUCCCCUUAAUAAUUUAUUUCUUUUCUAAUUCAUUUGUGGAAAUUUUGAAUAUUAUCUCAGUCACCUAUCAACUUUCUUACACAUUUUCUUCAACUUUUUCUAGGGUGAGCAUUUUGGUAUAUGUAUUUAUACAUGAUGUCUUCUUGUUGAGACAGUGGUAAAAUAGAAAAAAAGAUUUUUAAAAAAGUUCAUACCUUACUUUAAUAAGCAUUAGAUCUUAAAGUAUCUGUUGUUUCAUGAUGUAAAUGUCCUUUUUGAUGUACAUAUUUAAUAAUCCAACUCUAAAGAGCUAUAUAAAACUUGUAUAUUUUUACAACAUAAUAUUAUAUUAUAUGAUCAACAGUUGUUAGAGUACCAAGAAAUGUAUUACAGUAUGUCAGAUGUUUUCAAGUUUAUUUUUGAGCUGGAGAACACCAAAGUUACCAUUUUAUUUGACUUUCCUAUCUUGCCUUGUGUUAGAUUCUAAACUGUAAAUAAAUGAACUCCACUUUUUCUUGUAUUCGAAAAUCAGGCAAUUCUGUUUAGGCCCUGGUAUUGCUAAGGUCUACCCUAUAAAGUCUAAUUAAAGACAAACAUUUGGCAGUCAGAGUUUCUGGUGAAUGCUACGUUUUGCUGUAUAUGUUUAUCCAAGUGAUUUCAAAGCAGAAAACACCUUUUGAUUGAUUUUUAUUUAGUUUUUUUUAAAGUCUAGAUCAAAAGAUUGAUGAUUUUUGCAAUCUCUUGGUUAAUUAUGUACAUACCUCAAGUAUGCUUUUAUGGUGGACAGUCUGAGAAGUCUACUUUUCACAAUGCAAACAGGGUUAUUUUCCAUAAAGGACUCUUAUUUGAUCCAAGGUUUUUACCAGCCUCUAGAAACAUAAUCAAAGUUGAUUUUUGAUAUAUGUGCAGGCACAAUAGGGGUUUUUAGAAGGCCUUGUACCAAAUUUAAAAUUUACUCCCUUUGAAAUUCACUUGCAUCAUUAAGAGAGAUUUUAAAGUUGUAAGAUAGUUACUGUUCUUGACUCACAGUGAACUAAUUAUUCAAACCUGACAAUGUUCUUUCAUGGGCUAACAUAGGUACUGGUUGACUACCUAUACCUAACACAAUAAUGUCUUGCUUUGACUAGCUUUGGUGUUCUUCAGCAUGGCUUUAUUGGUUAAAUAUUACGUUUGGUUUGUAUUAUAUUAUGCACUCAUACUCAUUAAAGCAUUAAUAUACUUCA